ACAGCUUAGAUUCAUUUCUUUAACUGCACCAAGCUGUUGCCAAAGCCGAAUCAUACGCAUUUCGUUGGAGGAGGAUUGUAAAAAAAGAAGUAAUAAAAACUCAGCCUGCUUUAAUCCAAAAACUAUGAGUGACUGUUGGGCUGCAGCGGCUCUGUGGCGGAUGGCAAGUUGUGAGUCAGACCUGGAGGACGCGCAACUUUUAUAGACUUUCAAGUCCGCUGCUUGUGAGUAACCAGCAGCGCAGUUUAGAGUCCUUUGACUCCUGGAUUGCGCGUCUGGAGAGCUUUGGCAUCAGAGCGCGGCGAGUUUCAGUUCGCUGCUGCCCAGGGCGUCUCUGAUCGAGAAGGAGAUGAUAAAUCCACUAAGAACAUGUUUGUGGUGUUUGCGGGUUGCAAUGGAGAAUAAAUGAACUGGACGUUAAUCGGGAUUAACUGAGAGCACAAAAGCAGAAUGCAGGAGAGGGAUCUACAGAGCAUGUGCAGAAGGGUGCUGCUUCUGACCAUCUGUUUGGUGUCUCUCUUGGGACAAUUGACAAGUGCAUCAUCACACCGAAGCCACAUAGUACACGUGAAAGCAGGAACCUGUGAGGUAAUUGCUGCACACCGAUGCUGCAACAAGAACAAGAUCGAAGAAAGAUCCCAGACUGUCAAAUGCUCCUGCUUCCCUGGACAGGUGGCGGGAACAACAAGAGCAGCUCCAUCUUGUGUAGACGCAUCAAUAGUUGCACAGAAGUGGUGGUGUCAGAUGCAUCCCUGCAUGGAUGGAGAAGAGUGUAAAGUGCUACCAGAUCUCAAAGGAUGGAGCUGCAGUACAGGAAACAAAGUAAAGACAACAAAGGUUACCCGAUAGUUGUAUUUUUCCAGAACAAAGAUAUAUGGACCCAAGAUGUGUCUUUUAUCAUCCCUGAAGGACAUUUUGGAUCCCAAGGAAUUAAUGGACUGGCAGAAACCAGGGACCAAUACGGACAUUAGUCUCAGACAUUCCAGUGAAUGAAAAGAUGGAAUGUAUGAGGAAACUCACAUGAGACUACAGUCCCUAACAGAUUCUUGACUUUUUGUCUAGCAUCAACAGUAGCUUAUUCUCUACUCUGCUGCCCACCAAAUCUCUCUUUGUAAUAUACUUCUAAUCCAAUGGAUUUCAAAACCCAACAAUGAUGUUAUCUAUUUAUUGACUUUAAAAACUGGAUAAGAUAGUGAAAAAAAUCACCCUCAAAACAUGUGAUGUGAAACUUUUGUGUCAUGUUCUUGCUACAAGAAGCCCUGGGACUUUGGUGCAUAUCUCUGUGGAGGCUCUUGUGAGGUCAUACGCAUUUUAAUUCCUUUUAGCCUUAUGGAGGAGAUGUCUCUUCUGUUUCCUUUUGUUCAUUUGAAAAAGAAAAGCCUGAUAUUUCUUCUUUUAAACUUUAUUAGGAUGAUUAGUCCACUUUGAAAAGACACGUGCAAUAAAAACACCCAGAAAUAAAAAAAGUAAUUAAAGGUCAACGUAGCUGUGUUCUGCAAAAUGCUUAAAUGGUAUCUGUUAUUUCAAAGCCUGGUGACUGCUAUUCAUUACAAAUGUCAACAUUAUCUCAAUAAAUCUAAGUCAAUGAA